UGUGAGUCAAGGCCACUCCCCCUGUCCCUAGGCAACCAGAAGGAAAAGCUUCCCCAUUUUUCAACCAGGGCCUGGGAAGACAUACCUCCCUACACAUGGGAGGUGUCACCAGGGGCAGGUGCGCAGUUAGCCGACCUCCAGUUGUUUUGGCUGGAGCUGAGGCUACACAAACAGAAUAGAUUUCCUGGGGAGGGAGGCAGUGGGGUUGUGUCCAUCAAGGCUCGGGGCUGUAUCUGGGGUGACCAAGUGUUUUGUUUUGCCUGGGACUGAGGAGUUCCCUGGGAUACGGGGCUUUAUCACUAAAACUAGACCAAUCCUGGUAAGACCGGAUAGUUGAUCCCCAUGGUCAUAUUUCCUGGGCCAUUCUAGAGCCUUCUAUGUCUCUUUGGGUGCAAGGCUCCUGCCUUCUUGCAACAACCAGGCUUGGUCUUCCAUGGCCCAGGAGCCAACCCAGAGGCCUCCUCUACUCCCUUGGGCCCAUAAAAGGAGACAAUGCUGGAGAGAGUCAAGACAGGGGCUGGACUCCCACACCGCUUAAGGAGGAGUCUGAGGUCUGGGCUCUGAUGACAGGGCCCUUUGAAGAAUAGACGGAGACUUGGUCUUCUCGCUGAUGUGGGGCGGUGGAGAUGAGUCUCGACGUAGCCACUAGUCCAAAGGGGUUCCUUUUUUAUGAGGCUGGGAAAUGUUCACAGGGAGCUAAAUAACAGGUUAAUGAGGGGUUCUGAUAGAAAGUGGUACUAACUUUAACAAGGAGAAAACACUUUGAAAAGGCCAACGCCCACUGGGGCAGAAAUAUAAACCCGGAUGAGGAGCUGCUUCUCUGCAGCGGGGGUAUCUGGCUUUGGUGAUCCAACACUUGGGUCCAGGCUGCUGAGGUCAUGGCUUCCAAAUGCCUCAAGGCCAGCUUCUCUUCGGCGUCUCUCAAGGGCCCGGGAGGGACUUGGGGGGGCUCUGCUCGCGUGUCCACCAUGUACUCCAGCAGCUCUUGCAAGCUCCCAAGCCUCUCCCGGGGGCCCCACAGCUUCUCUGCAUGCUCAGCUGGACUGGGCAGGAGCAGCUGCAGGGCCGCCAGCUGCCUCCCUGCUCUCUGCCUGCCCUCCGGAGGCUUUGCCACCAGCUACAGCACGGGCGGGGGCUGGUUUGGGGAGGGCAUCCUCACCGGCAAUGAGAAGGAGACCAUGCAGUCCCUGAACGACCGCCUGGCCAGCUACCUGGAGAAAGUGUGCCAGCUGGAGCGGGAGAACGCGGAGCUGGAGAGCCGCAUCCGCGAGUGGUGUGAGCAGCAGGUGCCCUUCCUAUGCCCCGACUACCAGUCCUACUUCCGGACCAUUGAGGAGCUCCAGAAGAAGACCCUGUGCACCAAGGCAGAGAACGCCAGGCUGGUGGUGCAGAUCGACAACGCCAAGCUGGCUGCCGAUGAUUUCAGGACCAAGUAUGAGACGGAGGUGUCCAUGAGGCAGCUGGUGGAGUCAGACAUGAACGGCCUGCGUAGGAUUCUGGAUGAUCUGACCCUGUGCAAGGCCGAUCUGGAGGCCCAGGUGGAGUCCCUGAAGGAGGAGCUGCUCUGCCUCAAGAAGAACCACGAGGAGGAAGUGAACUCACUGCGCUGCCAGCUUGGUGACCGGCUCAAUGUUGAGGUGGACGCUGCUCCGCCCGUUGACCUGAACCGCGUUCUGGAUGAGAUGAGGUGCCAGUACGAGACCCUGGUGGAGAAUAACCGCCGGGAUGCUGAAGAUUGGUUCAACGCUCAGACAGAGGAGCUGAACCAGCAGGUGGUGUCCAGCUCCGAGCAGCUGCAGUCCUGCCAGGCAGAGGUCAUCGAGCUGAGACGCACGGUCAACGCCCUGGAGAUCGAGCUGCAGGCCCAGCAGAGCAUGAGAGAUGCUUUGGAAUCCACCCUGGCAGAGACAGAGGCCCGCUACAGCUCCCAGCUGGCCCAGAUGCAGGGCCUGAUCACCAACGUGGAGUCCCAGCUGGCGGAGAUCAGGAGUGACCUUGAGCGUCAGAACCAGGAGUACCAGGUGCUGCUGGACGUCCGGGCCCGGCUGGAGAGUGAGAUCAACACGUACCGGGGCCUGCUGGAGAGCGAGGACUGCAAGCUUCCCUGUAACCCGUGUGCCCCUGACCACUCACCCUCCAAGUCAGGCCUCCCCUGUCUUCCUGCGGCCUCCUGCGGUCCUGGCACAGCCCGCACAACCUGCAGCCCCCACCCCAUUUGUGUGCCCUGCCCGGGGGGCCGGUUCUGAGAAUGGCUGGCCCAGAAAGCCAAGGCCACUGUCUCCAGGGCUUGGCCUUGGCCUCUAUUCAGCCCUAACCCUAAAGCCCAGUCCCCUCUCUUCGUGCAGAGCCCAGGGCCUGGCCCUGAGAGGGCUCAUCGCAAAUACAUGCCUUAAUGUUUCUCAAAGCCUGUCGUAAGGCUGGCCACUCCUGGAGGCCUCAACUCUUGAUCAUUUCAAUGGGUGCCAGGAUCUCUGUUCUCAGGCUGCCUCCUGGUUGAGGUUUUCCUUCUGGGUGCCGUUUCAGUGGGUUCUGAAAUGCAAUAGAGGACUUCUGUUGGCAGAACAAUAAAGCUCAUUUGCUCUUGAAGCCUGACUAGCA